AUGAUAUUUGGUGGAUUUCUGAAAACAAUCGGUGAUGAAACGUUUGGAACAACCAUGACCAAUGCGGUGUUUAAUUUUGUUCUCUCCGGUACUGGUCUGGUAUCAAAUCACAUGCUGCAACACUACAGUUGCAGAAAAGUUGGACUUGCAGGAGCCGUCAUCUUUUUCAUCGGGGCCUUCGGUACCUGUUACGUCAACUCUUUGAUACAAUUGAUUAUCACCUGGGGAGUACUGCAAGGUUUUGGUCUUGGUCUUAUGAUGCCGGCAUGUUUCACCUCGUUUAACGGCUAUUUCAACAAGAAACAAACGUUCAUGAUGAGCGGUGCACAAACCCUCAUUGCAGUUAUAGCCAUGGGAUAUCCUUUCAUGAUUGAAAAAUUCAACGAAAGAUUCACGUGGAGAGAAACGCAGUUUGUUGUCGCCGGAUUAAGUUUACACUGCUUUGUUGCAAUGAUAUCACUGCAACCAGUGAAAUGGCACAUGAAAAAGAAAUAUUUAGAACCAAACGAAGCAGUUCUUAACAGUGGUCAUAGUCAUCUAGAAGUUCCCCAAGUGAGAAGUGGAAAUGUAUCUCCUCGGAGUCUUCGAGAAAAUGAACAACCGCUUCUUUCACAUGCUGGUCAUGAAGCCCUGAUGGGGCACUUGGUUAAUAGAUUAGAACGAAGAAGACCUUCGAUUAUUGGUGUUGGUAGUCUUGCAGCGUCUAUUACUAGCAUGGAUAAUGUCGGCCAUGAUGAUGAUCCAAAGAAAAGUCUUUGGAUGAAGAUAUACGAUAAUUUUGAUUUGGGUCUGUUUAAGGACCCGGUGUUUUUAAACAUCUCGUUUGGGAUGGCGUUGUGUUUGACUGCUGAUAUUGCAUUCUUGUCUCUGUUUCCUAUGAUCUUAUCGAAUGCCAAAUUUAGUGGGGAAAACGUUACAUUGAUUAUGACUGUGUACUUCGCCGCGGAUUUGGCCGGCAGGAUUUUUGUGUCUGUUUUAAGUGCGUGCAUGCAUGUCAGGAAUCGAUAUCUCGUCUUGGCUGGAGCAUUAUUCUCUGCGAUUUUCAGAAUUGCAUUUGUUUCUUAUGAUUCUUUCUUAUGGGUUUUAAUAAUCUCAGCCAUUUUGGGCUUUCUACGGAGUCUCAUUCAAAUUCCUCUACCUUUAGUGAUAGGAGAAGUUUACGGAGAAAGAUUUAGCACUGCUUUCACCUUGUAUAUGGUUGUUUGUGCCGUUGUGGCUGCGAUAUUUGGUCCUUUACUUCCUUACGUUAAAGACGUAACAGGGAGUGAUAUCAUGGUGGUCCAUCUCCUAACAUUUGCUUAUCUUACAUGCACCAUUCCUUGGAUAAUUGAACUCUGCUACGAAAGAAUAAACAAUA